AUGGCCAACAACGACAGUCAUCGAUUAUACAGAAUUCUCAGGGAUAUUCAGUCAUUGAGAAACAUCCUCGUAGGUCUAAGCUCUGACUCGUGUAGAACGUAUGGAGGUGGAGUUGAAAAAGUUUCGACAAAAUCAAGUGAAGAAUCUGAGAGAUUCGUUUGCAGUCAACAAUAUCAACUCCAUGAUAUUGAAGAUGAAGGGUUGUGUUGUAUCGACUCUGACUCUGAGUUUGAAGUGUUCUCUUGUGACUCCGAGUUUGAAAGCUUCUCUGAACCACCGUCACAAGACGACAAGCAACAACCUCCGUGGAACCACCAGCAACCUCCAUCACUAAUCAAUCAACUAGAUGAAGAUGAAGGGAGUGACUACGUGUUUGAAGGGUUCUAUUGUGACUCCGACUCAGAGUUUGAAGGGUUCUCUUGUGACUCUGAGUGUGAUGCGUUCUUUGAACCACCGUCAGAAUAUGGUAAUGAACAACCACCGUGGAACAACUAG